AUGCAUAGAAAAGGCACAACUACGCAAGUGGGACUUUCGUCUCCUGAACACGGCUGUCCUACAAAUAGUACAGGAGUCGUGGAUUUAACUUCAGAGCCGCAUCGGCUACCCCAGCUACAAGCCUGCAACUCAAUAGCAGAAACCCGCAGUUUGGAAUCGCCUCUUUUCUUCGAUCUUUCACAAUGUGGCAUUCAGCUGCCGCUGCCCAACUACACGCGAGUUCAUCUCAAAUUUCCUUCCACCCUGGUGCGACGGCCAAAUUUCCAGUUUUCUCAGCUAGCUCAAACUUUGGACCACGGUACCCAGGAACUGCUAUCAGCAGAGGUUGAAUCGCGCUCCGUUUUUGUGUUUUACGAUGAGGGAAGUACUUUGCAAAACUGCUCCACCAAAACGGCCAAUAUUUUGAACAAGGUAGUACCCCAUUUAUCAAAAAUGAAGGAACAAAGUAAGUCCUCCAAAAUACAGCUUUUUUUUCUGCAAGGUGGUAAAACUAGCCUGCAGCAAAAAUACCCUAGUUUUCAGCAAGUGCCCGUUGUUAGGCCAUCUCAUUCCUCCAAUACCAGGUCUUCUUCAACCGUCAAAAACGGCGCACCCAAAAAGGGCCUCAAUAAGCAAAACAUGAAUCUAAAAAUCACGAUUCCAAACCGUGAUGCUCGCAUUGAUAACUCAAACCAUAUGUUCAUACAAUCUUUCAAAAAAGACUCCAUUCAAUAUUCCCCGGACAGCCUCAAGAAAUACUUCAACUUCCACAUGCCUGACUUGAUAGAACCACAGGACGAAAUUUUACCCGCUUGGCUGAAAAGGUUUUCUGAUAGUGGUGAUAAGAACCUUUUGACAAUUUUGAACUCCUUCGAGUGCCUCGAAAAACUUGAAGUAAAGAGACUGGAACGCUGCUUGCAGUCUUCAAAACAAGAUUCAAAUGGUACGGGAAAUGGGAUCGGUGGGGAAUUGGGAGCCAAACCUGCGCCUGCAAGUGAGAUCUCUGCAAGACCAAAGCCAACAAAACUAUACUCUUUCUGUCAGAUGCAAAAGGAUUAUAAACCCAAUAGACAUGAUUACGACUCAGAUAAUGACGGAUAUCAUCAAGCAGAAGACAUAAAGUUAAAAAUGGAUAUCAAUGAAGAGCUGCAUGAUGGGGAGAACCAAGAAAUACUAACGAAACUAAUGAAAAUCAAAGCCGGCGAGAAGCUUAAGGCACAGGAUCACACCUCGAGUGAUACUAAAACUGCAAAUGGCAAUGAAAUUGAAAAGCAUGACGAUGACGACGAAGAAAUCGCAGAAACACCAAUGGAUAACUAUUUGCUCACGCGCGGAAUACAAUCUUAUACCAAGAACAGAUACUCCAAUAUUCUACCAUACGAGCAUUCGCGGGUCAAACUAGAACCUUCUCCGAUAUGGCCCGAGCAAAAAAGCGCUACAUCAUCAUCUUUUGUGACCCCUAUGUCAAGUCCACCGCUUUCUAACAAGGCCAUGCGCAAAAGACGCAAUUCUUACUUUUCCCAAGAGUACACCAAAUCCGAAAGGACCUCUAAUCAAUUAACUGACCAGGAAUCUGUUAAUGGAAGACCUCCUUUGCAUUCUGCAUCCACGUCUUUUGACAACAAGCGAUAUACAAAACCCACCUCGGAAAAUGAUCAAUUCAAUGAUUAUUUUAAUGCCAAUUAUUUAAAGAUCCCGCAAAUCAACCCGGACUUCAACUACAUUGCCACACAAGCUCCUCUGCCUUCUACGUUAGAUGAUUUUUGGAAGGUUGUGGUAAGCCACGGUGUUAAAGUCAUUUUAUCAUUGAAUUCGGAUGAUGAACUAAGCAUGCGUAAGUGGGACAUAUACUGGAAUUCCAACGCUCUCGAAAAAUUCGAUGUGAGUGUCAGCGAUACUUACGAAAAUGUUUGUGGUGUCAAGGGCUGUAUAUUGCGCGUAAUCGAAGUGAGGCGGCUUGCCUUCGGUACCAAUGAAAAGAAUCAUCCCCGUAAUGCUGAAUCCGACAAAAAUAAUGAGGCCAAAGGGAAGCAAAAUGGGAAGACCUUGGGGGCAGUUCAUACAGUUUGUCAACUUCAAUACACACGGUGGCUUGAUUCCUGUGGUAUUGUAUUGGGCGAUGUUUUGAAGCUUCAUCGAAUAAAAAAUCUUCUCCUCAAUAGUCCGAAAGCCUUUGUUGAAGAUAUCAGAAAGGGAGAAAUGUACGACAACAUUAUGAAAACAAAGGAAUGGCCUUCAGAGAAAUUGAGCACAUUAGGCUCGAUGACCUCCAGCGUUAGUUCGCCUUUAUUGGUUCAUUGCUCAGCAGGAUGCGGCAGAACUGGUGUAUUCAUCACAUUGGAUUACCUAUUCAAUGUGAUGGAACAUCCAACUGAUUGCUCUAAUAGAAUUGAUGUCUGGAAUACGCCCCACGAUCUUAUAUUCAUUAUUGUGAACGAGCUGAGGAAGCAAAGAAUAUCCAUGGUUCAAAACUUAACACAGUAUAUUACGUGUUACGAAGCUAUACUGAAAUACUUUGAGUUGCGCAAGAUGACGGGCAAUUUGAAACGUGUUCAUUGA